AUGGCGUCAAGAAACUAUCCACUACUAUCAAGGUCGUCAGGCGCAAAGAGCGAUGCCACAUUCAAUAGCAGGGGAGAAAAAACACCUUCAGCACAAAGGUCAGAAAAUAGGUAUAUAGGAUCUUCGGCAAAUAAAGAUGAAUUAAUCACGAAAAGACAAAAUUUAUGCUUUGGAGCCAAGUUACAACCUGAAUGGGAAUCGCGCUCUUUGAACAUUAAUCCGGUACUGUCAGACGAUAUACACAGGUUCCUGGGGAACCAACAACAUACACAAAGAUGGGCAUUACCCAAACAAGCUCUGCAGAUAUUACUUAGUAACGCUAAAAGACUGCCAUACAUCUGGGGUUUUAUUAUCGUUAUUAUACACCUAGUAUCGCCAAUACUGCUCAGAAAAGGAACGCCCACAACGUCCUGGCAAAGCAGUGGAGCAGUGUUAAUCACAUCCUUUUUCAUAUCAUUCAUCAUCAGCGGACUCGACGCUAUCAAACGAUUUGUAGUUGGAAAGUGCGUCGAUUAUAAACGAUGCCAAGUCCUACAACCAAAAAAGUCACGCAUGAAAAAAAUAAGAGUUGGAGAUAUUGUUGUCGGAAAUAUAGUCAAACUCACAUGCGAUGAACAGGUACCAGCCGAUAUGAUACUUCUGUCCUGCAGUAACCCUGAUGGACAAGUACACGUGGAUACAGCUCUAGUUGAUGGAGACAGGGAUUUGAAAGUAAAAUAUUGUACAAAAUAUACAAAAGGAGAUGCUUCACUACACUCAUUCACCAAUAUUCGUGGACAAGUUAUAUGUGAUAGGCCGUCACCUGACCUGGAAAACUUCAAUGCUACCCUUAGAUUGAAAGGCCAUCCACGUCCUAGGAAUGUACAUAUACACAAUUUCAUUAUGAAAGGUAGCAUCAUUCGCAAUACCGCAUCAGUAUACGGUGUUGUAACACAUACAGGACCAGAUACCAAAAUUGCACAAAAUAUCAGCAAGGAAACAAAAUGUGUCAAGUUCGGCUCUGUAGAUGCUCUAAUCAACCAAUUCACAAUCAUAGUGUCAUGUAUAUACCUACUAUGCCUAUUUGUCAGCAUGGGAACGCGUUGGUCUACCAUACUAUCGUCGGAAAGACGUAAGGCAGGGGUACCACUAGUAACAGAGUCACUGCUAUUCGUGACACUCAGGUUCGUCGUACUCUACGCAGGGUUUAUACCAGUCACAUUACCAGCCAUUGCAGAUCUACUGCGAUAUGCAUUUAGCAACUUCUACGAUGGACACAUGGACUAUUCAUUCCUCAGGGAAACCGCAUCCAAAGAUCCAACAAACCCAAACUCGGUUGAUUUGGAAAGCGUACUACCAGUAUCAUGGACUAUGAAUCAUAGACUCUUGGAGGAGUUGGGAAUGGUGGAUAUUAUCUUCUGUGACAAAACGGGCACUUUAACAUCUAAUGACCUGAAGAUUUCUCUCCUCACCGUCGGUAACAUGACCUUUGAUACAUCCGGUGAUAGGACAACAUUACAAAAUGACGUCGAACGUGAACUAGAGCAUAACGAUAAGCUAGAUAAAUUACUCAAGUUGUUGUGUCUAUGCAAUGCCACAUCUCCAGUCCCUGGAACGAUUAGCGCAGAUGGUUUCUCAGCUCCUGGAGGAAUGGGAGCCUCUAGCUCCCAGUCAUUGAAACAUAGUGGAUCUCUUAAUUCGGAUCUUUCAUUUGGCACAUCGAAUAACGCACCAGCUACUAUAAGACCAUUAAGGAGCAAGAUCCAUUUUGGCAACGUUUCAUACAUAGAAGCGCCCAAUCAACUGAAGUUUAGUUAUCAACAUCUGGACUCGAACAACUCCUUGGAAUACACAGACCCUGGUGAUGCUGAGGGUGAUGGUGAAGAGACAUCUUCAUCAUCUGCUUUCCAAAGCAAGUCUGGACGAUCAAUCAACACAGUCUUCUACAAAUCACCGUUUAAGGAAGACGAAUGUAUGAUAAGCCUUGCCAGGGACCUAGGUUACAAAGUGAUACACAGAUCAAAAUCUACAGUUCAACUUGAAUGCCGUGGUGCUUUCGAGACAUGGAAUAUCGUAGGUUUAAAUCAGUUUACGUCACAACGACGUCGCAUGUCUAUUGUCGCAAAGAGGGCCGACAAUGAAGGGGCUACGAUAUUUGUAAAGGGUUCUGGUGAAACAAUAGUGCGUCUAAUUAGGACCAAUACAGAUGAAGAGGAGCGUGAACUUGCGAUGUUACCAACCAGACUCGAUAAACUUACCAGCGCUGGUUACCGCGUAUUGGUUUGCGCAUAUAGGAAUUUAACUUCAGAUGAAACGAGAUUGUACCAGCGCCAAUUUGCCAAUGCUGAAGAUUCGGUAUACAGUGGAGAUAUGCUUCACGAAGAGGCAGCUGUGAUGGUUGAGGGUGGUUUGACAUACCUUGGUAUUGUUGCUUUUAGGGAUGAGAUACAACCUGGUGUACACGAAACUUUGGACCUGUUGAUGGAAGCAGGUGUACGUGUAUGGAUGACAACGGGUGACAACAGGAAUGCUGCCAUUGAGACGGCAUAUUUGACAAAACUCUUGGUCAGCCCAUGCCGUAUAUUUGAUUGCAAGCUUCCAUAUAGCAGAAUGGAUGAUAUCACAGAUAACGAUGGUACUAUCCUCUACGAAUCGUUUUUGCAACAGCGAUCAGAAAUGGGUAUUACAGAGCAAUUAUGCCUUGUCGUGGAAGGUAGCGACUUAAAGGAUUUCCUAGCUACCAGUCGGUUGCAAACAUGUUUCGUCAAUAUGUUAUGCCUUUCCGACGUGGUCAUAGCAUGUCGAUUGUCACCAUCGGAGAAGGCUGAAUUUGUAAGGUUGGUAAAAUGCCGAUUAACGCCUACUCCGGUGACGUUAGCCAUUGGUGAUGGGUUGAACGACGUCAAAAUGAUGCAAGAAGCUCAUGUAGGUGUGGCUGUAUUGGGAUCAACCCCUGACGCGGUGGCUUACGCAGAUUUCGUAACGUCACACUUCGCGGGCCUCAGGAGUCUAUUAUUUUUCCAGGGUAGUAAUUCUCUACAAGUCAUAUCGGCAGCCAUAUACUGGACUUUUUUCAAAUCUCUUUGUCUGGUCAUGCCGAUAUUUUACUACCAAGGACAUACGGAUUGGGUUGGACUUGACUUAUAUGGUUCUUUUAUUCAGCUGGCAUUUCAUUUGAUCUUCACUGCAAUUCCGAUCAUAUUCUGCGGCCUGUUCGAUCAGCCGUUAUCUGAACCGAUAUUAACCCAUGUUCCGCUUCUAUAUACGCUUUGUAGGCGUCGUUUCCACAUCAACCUGUUGCGUUUGGGGUUCUGUAUCUUGGAAGGUAUAUUGUCGUCUCUGUUCUGCUACCUUAGCAUUCAGACUACAACGUUAGAAUCACCUAUAUUCAGAGGAGGUAGUACUAUCAGUGCGCGAACCUUUGGGUUACUCUGCUCUCUAGGAAGCCUACAAAUGUCAAACUCACGUCUUUUGAUGGAGUCAUUUGCACGCAACAAUUCUUUCGGAAUCUUAUUGACCUUGGUAUUCCUUUUUGCCAUGCCACCGGCAUUUUUAUGUCUAUGCUUCUUGCUUGGUGGUAGAACUUUACGUAAUGCCACAUUUCAAGUUGUAUUAUGGCAACCAGUUUAUUUCUUAUUCCCGGUAUGGAUAAGUACAGGAGUGGUGUGUCAUGUAGCAACCGCUUUGGUUCAAUCAUUGGUUUGCCCUAAUAUGAGCAACUAUCUAAAGCACUGGUUGUCAUCGCAGAGGUGUGAUUGCCCGAAACAUGGAGGCGGUGAUUCUGUGGAAACCGCUCUAAAUUCAACAGAUUCAGGUGGAUUUUCUGUUUCAGUGCCAAAUACAACAAGCAAUACCCAUUUUUGGUGUGACAGAUUGCUUAUGAAGGUGCGAAAUGAAUUUAAUCUUCAUGGAUUAGAAGCUUUGAUGCGUAUGAUACCGACACCAAGACCAUUCCGUGUCCGUGAAGGUGAUCUGUCUGGUAUGCAGCCUCUGAGACCCACGUCCAGUAUGACCAAGGAUCAAAUGGAGGAUAUGCAGAAAUCACAAAAUGAUGUGAAACUACAUCGAUCAUCAGUAUCGCAUCUAAUUGAUCGCUUUACUUUGCGUUUCAAGGAUAUCCAAUUAGAAGCGGAUUAUAAGUUACAUAAACGGAGAAACCAUUAUAGAACAAAUAGAAUUUGGUACCGAAUCAUUUUCAUUGCGAUUGGUACAUUUUACAUUCUAGAUUGGAUUCUGGAUUACACCUUGAAAGUGGAGCACAAUGAGCCUGCGUUGUUUUACUCGAUUUUACCCCCGAUUUGUGUAUCCUUACUAUCUUUGGGCUGUGCAAUAUUGACCUUUCAUACAACGUAUUUUAUGACACACGUGAAUAAGGCAUUGGGAAUUCUGGUCUGUUGUAUGAUUUUGCAAUAUAUAGUGACUCUGACUAUAAUUGAGCCACUGGGCACUCUUCAACCCCUGCUAUUUCCAAUAUUCACGUUUGUCAUAUUGCAUAUAGCUUUUAUCUACGCUCUGGUGGCCAAUGUGAUUUUCAUUAUUGUUUCCAUUUAUAGGAUGGAAGCAUCAGUUCACAUUUUGCCAUUAUUUUUUGCUAUAAAUAUAUUUGUGGCAUUCGUGGGUUACCGUUUGGAGUAUAAUAACAGGAAGAACUUCCUAUUUGAGUUCUCCGCAAGGAACGCUAGGAAAAAACAGAGCGAACUGCUCAACACCAUGUUACCAAAUUUCGUUGUCAGUAAAAUGAUCAAUGCAAGAUUGAAUGAAGAUGGUAUACCUAUAGGUUUUGAAGCAGAUGAACAUGAGGUAGUAUCUGUCGUAUUCUGUGACGUAUGCAACUUCCAAAACUUGGUUGCUACAGUGGAGCCUACCAUAUUGGUGGAACUCUUAGAUUCGCUAUUUUUGGCUUUCGAUCGUUGUGCCGAACAAUUUAGUGCAACCAAGAUUGAAACUGUUUUUGAAACUUAUUUAGCAGCGCUUGGUCUAUCUCGGACGGGCCUACAAUGCCCAUACGAAUCUGCUGCUAGUGCCAUUGACAUGGCCUUGUCUAUGAUUGAAGUGGCUCGUCAGAUACGCUAUCCGGCUAUAAAUGAAACAACAGAUGGAUCGUUUCAUGAGCAAGAUGAAUGUGUUACAGUCAAAAUCGGUAUACACUCUGGAAAAGUUAUUUCAGGUUUGGUUGGUGCGAAGAAGCCUCAAUAUGCUCUUUUCGGUGACACUGUAAACACUGCCAGUAGGAUGAAAACAACUGGAGAAUGCGGUCAUAUUCAUAUUUCAGAGAGUACCUAUGAUCUGGUUAAAUCGGAUACAACACUAAAUUUCGAUCAUCGUGAAACAUUUGUGAAGGGAAAGGGGAUAAUGAAAACUCACUUGUUACUAUCUGCAGAAGGAUCAGCGUACCCUAACUUUGAAGUAAUGGAUACUAGUACCACGCUGGAUACAGUUGCUGUUACGUCUGGCGAAACCACUUUGGGAGAAUCGUCCUCAGAAACUUUUGCGCUUGGCUCGUUAGAAAUGGAAAACGAGGUUGGUGAUUGCACACCCUCAAGUAACGUGCUAUUUGAGUGUGUGGAGAAGACCCAUAUAUUGAACAAAAUGUCUCCUACCUUGAAUAGAGCACUCAGCACAAGCUCGAGGGCCUCAUUCCCUCUUUUCCCUAUCGAUUAUGAUCGUGCAUGUGGUCGUAAGAUCCGAAUAUCCGCUGCUAUAGGUGUUCUGACGGAAGAUGAAGACGGUAUGAUGAUUAGAGGUCAACCUGCCCUUCUGCGUCACUGUAGUACUUACAGCGUGAUCGGCACCUCGAGUAAUUCUACUCCGACAAAUGCUUCUAGGUGCCUUGCGUUUUUACGUAGGUCGAACACUCCACCCCCGCAGAGCAAUACUAUCGCCUCUUCCACCCUCCAACGUUCGUCCAGCUUCUCAAAACAACAGACGGAUGAUGACGAUGAGCUCAAUAGUGGGAUAGACAGCAGUGAUAUGCGAAUGAAAACUGGUGAAUGGGUAUUUUUGAGGUUUAAUGACAAGUUACAAGAAGACCGAUAUAGGUCUCACUUUUAUCAUAAUCGCACGCAUAUCAACACCAUUGAGCAAACAUUGAUUAUUUUCCUGAUGACUUUCGUUGCGCAGACGAUCUUGGAGAUUGCAAUACCUCGGAGUUACGAAGAUUUGGAUAAAGUAGAGAGGCUUGUUUUCUUCAAAUAUACGCUAUAUUGGACUGUGAGAUCCAUCUACAUAUUGCUUGUGUUUGUGAUGUGGCUUUUAUUCCGUUUCAAUUCUUUUGCACAACGUUCGGAAUGUAAUACAACCAUGUGGCUGACGUUUGUAUUGAACUUGCUCUUUGUAAGCGCCGCCUGCGUAUUCUCAUUAUCGAAUUCUUGGGCCGUUUCACACUCGGCAGCUUAUUCUCAUUAUGUGAAUAUGUGGCUGCCAUCAGAUAGCUUCAAGUUCUACUUUUAUAUAGUGGUGAUCCAUCACAAUAAUGGUAUGUUGUUCCAAACGUGUUUGUUGGUAAAUGCACUGUUUAUGAUGGUUUCAAUGACUUUCAUUUCGUUUAGUGUUGUACAGACUGCUACGACUGCUGUGACGUUAUUCAGCAUCCCUGCGUACAUUCUGUUCAACUUGAUAUCGGCACAUUGUAAGGAGGCUAUUGAUCGUAGCACCUUCUACACAAAUGAGAAGGCUAGGAUGAUUGAGGCGCGUGUUGGACAGAUGCUUAAUGACAUGUUACCGAAGAGUGUACUUGAAGAAUUCAAGAACGACAAAUUGAAGAUGUCAUACUGUCACGAGAAGAUGUCAUUUUUAUUUUCUGAUAUCGUCGGUUUUACUUUAUGGGCAAAUUCCGUCGACGCAUCUCUUGUUAUUGCUCUUUUACAAAGGCUGUUUGCUCGAUUUGACCGCAGCAGUACAAAACACGGAUUAUACAAGCUGUGUACGAUCGGUGAUGCUUACGUGGUAGUUAGUGAGCCUGCUAUUGAGGUUCCUACGGAACAAGAGGCCAUCUCAAAUAUUGAGGGUAUCCUCCAAAUGGCACAAUCUAUGAUUAAGACCAUUCAAGAGGUUCGCGAAUCGUUCAAUAUACCAGGGUUAAAUAUGAGGAUCGGACUACAUUACGGUCAUGCUGUAGGUGGUGUUAUUGGUUCAGGUCGACUUCGUUAUGACCUUUGGGGGAUGGAUAUUCACACAGCGAAUGCUAUGGAGAGCCAUGGAAUCCCUGGUAAAAUGUGUGUUUCCGAAAGGUUGAAACUCAUAUUGAUGACUAACUUCCCCGAAAGGUUCACUUUCGAAUUCAACAAUGACAUACAAGUCAUCGACCGUUGUGUCCGAAGCUACAUCAUCACAUCAGAUUCUGAUGACAAUUGGCUAUUUUAA